GCACAAACGCUGCUUCCAAGAAAGUAAAUAAAUAAAAAAGUAGAAAGCUCAGCGGAGAAGAAGUUAAAAUUAGGAUUCCUCUCCCCUGACUACACAACACUAGAGAUGUUCAGGUAGAAGAAGACGAAUAAUAAAGCGUAAAAAGAAAUUGAAACAACAAUGAGAUUGAAGCGCUGAAACAAAAAAUAAAAUAAAAUACCAGAACACAAAAAAAAAAAAAAAUGGAAUCGAGCAUUUUGGAAUGCAUCGGCGUAGAGAUAAUCGGAGUAAUGUCACCGGUAUCAAUGUGCAUGUUCCUCGUCGUCCUCCUCGUUUACUCCGUUUCCACUUCAUCAUCACCUGAUACCACUAUCCGCACCGCUGCAAAUCUCGUCUACGACGAGAAUCCAUCCGACACAGCAACACAAAAACUCGAAGGCGCUCUUCUAAACGCCGUCGUCUUCGUUAUCCUCAUCGCCAUCGUCACUUUCCUCAUCGUCCUCCUAUACUAUUACAACUGCACCGCUUUCCUCCGUCAUUACGUUCGCUUCUCCGCUUUCUUCGUACUCGCUUCCAUGGGCGGAUCCAUUUUCCUUUCCCUAAUUCAGCGUUUCUCUAUCCCCUUAGAUUCCAUCACUUGUUUCAUUCUCCUCUUCAAUUUCACAAUCGUCGGUGUUCUCUCUGUCAUCGCUUCCGCUAUUCCGAUUAUUCUCCGUCAGUGUUACAUGGUUUGUAUCGGUAUAAGCGUCGCCGCGUGGUUCACUAAGCUUCCUGAAUGGACCACGUGGACUUUACUUAUCGCUCUCGCUCUUUACGAUCUCGUCGCCGUUUUGGCCCCUGGCGGUCCGUUGAAGCUUCUCGUCGAAUUGGCUUCAAGCCGAAACGAGGAGCUUCCUGCUCUAAUUUACGAAGCUCGACCUACUGUUGCCCCAACCGGUAGGGCUGCUACGUUAGGGUUUUUAGUCGCCGGCGUUUCAGAAUCACGAUCGUCGUCAAUUGAGCUUCAAGUGGUCCCCACUGAGAAUCAGGGUAAUACUAAUACUAACAUUCAUGGUGCUGGCGAUUCUGUUGGUGUUGUUAGGGUUCAGGAUUUUCUAAAUGAUGAAGAGGAAAGAUCUCCUUUGGUUGGUAAUGGUAACCGUGAAGAGGAAAUGUCUCCACUUGUUGAGGUGAAUCGUAAUGAGAGAAGGGAAAUAGAGGAAAUUUCUGAGAGGGGAUUUAAGCUUGGACUUGGUGACUUUGUUUUCUACAGUGUUCUUGUUGGUAGAGCUGCAAUGUAUGAUCUCAUGACUGUCUAUGCUUGUUACCUUGCAAUUAUAUCUGGACUUGGUUGCACUCUCAUUUUGUUGUCGAAAAUGGUGAAUAUAAAGAUUGCUACUGCAUUUGAAGUUUCUGGUACCAGUGCUGCUCUUUUGAAUGCCCUUAAUCAAGGAUUUCAUCCACAUAAUCUUCCAUCAGCUGAUGAUCAAGUUUUGGAUAUAAGGGCUUCUGAGGCUACCAGUGUACAUAGCGUGUUACCAUGAUGGCCUGUAUGGAUUUGAAAUGAUAGAAAUUCCCAAGAUAUUAUUCAUUUACCAUGAAUUCAGUAAAGAUGGGAUACAAGACAAUGCCCCUUUUGGAUUUUGGGGGGUUGUUGAGCAUGGCCUCUCAUCACUUUUAUCAGUGGCUGCGCUUGGGUGGUUUGUGAUUUCAGAUUGCUUUGGAUUUCUGCUAUUUCAAGUGUCGUUUCUGUUUUAAAUUUGCUGUUUGCUUGUUUAUAUUUUGUAGUUAUUUUCUUUCUUCUUUCAAGGAGAGGAUCAACAAAAUGAACUUUACUGUCAAUCAGCUAAUCGAUAUGAUUAUCCCUAUCAUUCUUACAUUGAGCACAAUGAUAUGGUAUGUCAUGGACUGUGAAUAGACUUCCACUGAUUAUUCAUACUUCUGUUUAUGUGCACCUAUUGUGCAAAAACCACCCUUAAAGAAAAUACUUAUUUUUCCACA